CGUCGUGUUGCGAAGAUCCUGAGGAAAACAUUACUCUCUGCUUUUUUUAUGUUUUAUAACCUGAUAGAAAAGGAUGAAAAUCUUAUUUUUAAUGUUUUUAUUUAGUAAUUCGUAUGAAAUCCAUCAUGAUAUUGGUAUACUUCAAACUGGAGUGACUCUUAUAUCAAAUAAUUGGAUAGAGUUUACCAAAUAUUCUGUAAACAAGAAUGAAAAUGUUACUAUAGAUUUUAGAACAAUCUCAACUUCAAUUGAUACACCUUCGCUCAAAUCGAUUCGCAAAGUAAAUGAAUUUAUAUGUUCAAAUCAACUAACUCUACUAAUAUCAACUGAUGUAUGUGCAAAAACGAUUGAAACUCUUCUACCUUCUAAUUUUCCCGUAAUAAGAAUAAAUAGUAGUGCGGAAUGUGAUAAAACUAGGAGGAAUUCUUUUAAUCUUCCUAAUACUCUAACUACUGCAGAAAUAUUGUUGAAACUUAUGAAAAGUUUAAAUAUGGAAGCAUGUUCUAUCUUUAUUGAUAUGUCAACGAGAGAAUAUUUGCUUUAUAAGAUAUUGGAUGCAAUUAGACAUUUAAACAUUAGAUGUAAAAUAAUCAAUAUAAAAGACUCGGACGAUGACGAAGAUUUAAGAGAUUAUAUUGAAUCUACCGAAAAAAACAACCUACAAAUUUUUAAGGCGUCUACUUUUAAAACAAGGCUAUCAAAGAAUAAUAAUAUUCUUCUUUGUUCUCUACGUAAUAUUGAACGCUUAAUAGAUCAGAUAAAUUAUAUUGAAAAAUAUCGAAUGCUCACUAAAGGAGCUAUAUAUCAUAAUAGAUGGUUAAUUAUAGAAGAAGGAGCAAUUGAAAACAUUCUUCUAGAAGUUGCAAAAAAAAUUAAAGAUGUUGAUAACUUUGCUGCUUUAUCUAUUAUGGAACCAAAAUAUGUUACUCUUGAGAGUCGUUUUCAAGAUGCAGUCUUUAAAUUAUACAAAGUUUUAGAGGGCAUCUACGACGAUCCGUCCUACACUACAUCAACAUCCUCUUGUGAUGCUUAUUAUGCCGAUAUCUUUAACGACUUGUUGAGGAACACGUUUGAUACUAAAGAAUGCAGUAGAUUUAAAAUGUAUCAUUUUCCACCCUACUCGAAAAAGUUUGAAGAGACCCUUUUUUGCGAUAAUGAUCUACAAUCAUUAAAUUUCGAUGUGUUUCCUAACGAAAAAUACGGGUUUAAUGGAAGGAAAAUGGUUGUUGCGACUUUACCGUUUGCUCCAUUUGUCAAAAAGAAGACCGUCAAAGGAAAACUAGUCUAUUCAGGAGUGUGCAUUGAUCUUUUAAAUGAAUUUGCAUAUUUACUUAACUUUACCUAUGACAUUAUCGAACCCGCUGAUCAACAAUGGGGAAAACAGCUUCAGAACGGAAGUUAUACCGGAUUAGUUGGAAUUAUGCAAAAGCAAGAAGCAGAUUUACUCUUCGCUCCUCUCUCUGUAACAGAUGCUAGGAGGAAGGUUAUGGAUUUUUCGACACCAUAUUAUUUUGAAUAUUCAUCUGCACUUAUCAAAUUACCCGGAGAGAAUGAGGGCAAGUGGAAAGUUAUAACAGAACCAUUCAGAUGGGAGGUAUGGCUAUGUAUAGUAAUGUCAGUGCCCUUUACUGGUGUUAUUGCUUGGAUAAUAACAAAAAUUUCUCUGUAUUUAAUGAACGGAACACCACUUUUCAUGGAAGAUAUAUUUAGAAUUUGGGAUAAGAGUAUGUGGUACGUUUUCGGUGCUCUACUCACACAAGGUGGAGCCUACCAACCAAGAACGAUGCCCGGUAGGACAGUUAUUGCUUUCUGGUGGUGUUUUUCUAUAGUGAUGGUAGCGACCUACAGCGGAAACUUAAUUGCCUUCCUUACAGUUUCUAAGCAAGAGAUACCUUUUAAUAGUUUGUCAACUCUGGUAGAGACAAGCAAUUAUAAAUGGGGAUUGAUGGGAGGUACCUUUUACGAGGAUCAUCUAAAAAAUGUCACAGAUCCCAUUCUUAAGGAGUUCUAUACAAAGAUGAGAGAGUUUUAUGAAGAAGAUAAAAGUAUAUUAGAUAUAGUAUUCUCAAAUCAUAUAGAAAAAGUUAAGAAUGAAAAAUAUACUUUAAUCAGUGAUAAAACUUCAUUGGAGUAUGAAGUUAUACAAGAUUGUUCACUAUCUACAAUAAAAGAUAAAUUUUUAUCCUUUCCUUACGCAAUAGGAAUGCAAAAGGGGUCACAUUUUUUUCGAGAACUUGACGAAUUAUUAUUAUCCCUACGUUCUGGUGGAAUUAUUCAAUUUUGGCAUAACAAACAUUGGCCAAAAGAUAAAGGUUGUACAUCCCUUAAUCAGCCUACUUCGAAACCCGUUACAAUUUUGGACGUUCAAUCUGCAUUUUAUAUACUCUUAGGAGGGCUAUUUAUCUCUCUUCUCAUAUUAAUAUACGAACUAAUCAGACAGAAAUAUUUUCCUGAAAAACUGACAUCAAAGACGAUUAAGAUAGAAAUCAAUUCGAAAGAAGAGAAUAUUGAAAAGAAGCUUAAUUCUCAGAGUAAUGAAACUGUUGUUACUAGGCAUAAGCCAAAAAUGAAUAAUUUAUUCUUGCCUGAUUAAUUUUAUAUAAACUGUAUAUAUACAUAAUAUAAAUAGACUUUUCAUCAUCAU